AUGGAUGAAGUCAUCAUUGGAUUAGACUUUUUAUUUGAUCAAGGUAUGGAGAUCGACAUGAAUAAAAGGAUCAUGAAGAACAACAACAUGGAAGUGCCCUUUGGGUUUGGAUAUGAUGGCCCGUACAGCAGCAAGCGAGUGAUCCUAGAGGAAAGCGAGCAGAUUCCACCGAGUUCAGAAGCAGUUGUUUGGGCGAAGAUUGAUGGAGAUUGUGGGACAAAAAAGUUGCGGGUUGUUGAACCAACAGAGAAUUCUACACCGGACGUACUUAUUGGUAAAACCUUGGCUAAGACGCAAAAAGAUGGACGCAUCCCAGUUCGAGUACUUAAUGAAUUCAAAUUACCAAUUAAGCUCCGAAGAGGGACUGUACUGGGGCAAUGUCGAGAGGUAGAACCAAUCUUCAACUGCGAAAAAUUACCUGAAAGCGAUUCCAUUGGCGAGAAUGACAUUGGGGAAGACAUAAAUGCUUGGACGGAAGGGUUGGAAGAAAAAUACUCCAACAUAUUCGACAAGGAUGGCAACAAACCAGGCAGGACUAACGUUGUAAAACAUCGCAUUGAUACUGGCGAUGCAAGGCCAAUCCGUCAAGCUCCUCGGAGUGUUCCACUUUCCAAACGUGAAACUGUUAGCCAAAUAAUAAAAGAAAGCGAGAUUGGUGUGAUUGGACCAUCAGCGAGUCCAUGGAGAUCGCCGGUAGUACUUGUGGAGAAGAAAUCGGAAACUAAAUGA